AUGUCGACCAUUUCGAAUGUUUCUCAAUCCGAUCAGUCUUUGAACUCACGUUCGCCUCUGUUUGAUUUCCUUGCGAAACCCAACCAAUAUGUGCCAAUCUUCGAUGCCAUCACACGUGCCCUCGAGCCUACCGAUAUCAUAACCCUAGGUCGCGUCAGCCGAGACCUUCGCGGCGUGUACCAGAAGUGCAAAGAUACACAAUGGAACAUCAAUAUUGCGCUGAAGAAGUUCAUCAAAUAUCCUACACAAUUCAGGAGCAAGCUCGGCCAAGUUCUUGUCUACCCACCAACGAGCUCUUCCAAGUUCCAAACACUUGAACAUCCCAUGCACAUGGAGCUCUGCAUAGUCAUCAUUCAGACCAAGGACCCUCCGCUAUACAACGUUCUUAAAGGGUACUGGUGUACAACCGCAGAGACCGCUUUCAUCACGGCGACGAAAGCAUACGCCCCUUUCGCGGAUAUGACGCUCAAGACGAAGAAAGCCUACCUCCUGCGCGCUCUUGACGCCCAGCCCAAACGCUGCAUAACAGAUGUCAAGGCCAGAGGGUACGAAGUGUUGGAUAUGCGCUUCCGGGACAGAGGGAAAGUUCGAGUUCAGCGACUAAAUGACGGCUCGUCGUGGAUCAUGAAACUCGACACCACCGAUGUAGAGCCGCCGUCUGUUCCGGAUUGCGUCUUCGACCACGCGGAGUUCAUCCUUACCAGCAGCACGAAUUGGUACGGCCCACUCCACUACCAGCCCAUGCUGCGGACGUUCAAACAUGCCGCACUAGCUCACACUUGGUUUGUAACUAGCUCGGGUCGGAUGGAACCAAUCGCACGCCGAUUAGACGCAAUGUUGUGGAUGGAGUUGUGUGAGCUCCCUAAGAAGGAUCGUCCAACAAAUUGGGACGAGUUGAAGCGGAGGAAGGAGUUGUUGCGGACCAUGACGAGUUACGAGGGCAAGAUGUUUGACGAGAAGAUCCCGGAAUGGCUUGAGGAACUCGACGACCUGUUGCCGCGGGGGGGGAGGAAAUUGGCUUAUCUGCUGGCGAAACUGCUCGGUCGCUUUUAA